AUGACGGAUGUUGCAAUUGCGCCAGCUGUGGCUCCAAGCCCUCAACAGGACAAGUCCAUGAGCCCCCGGAAACCUCUCCCACAGUCUCUCAUUGAAGGUGCUCAGAUAUCGGACCGGUCACCAUUUUAUGCAGAAAAGCAUGUCAAUUUUAAGUUUCCCAAAGGGAUAAUCACGAUGAAGGAAAUCGGACUGGAAGGCGCGGGCAUCACGUCCACGGCCAUCUCGGAGCCAUUCACACUUUUCACCGAAGAGGCAAUUAGGCAGAUGAGAGCCGAGAUAUUCAGCCGACAAGUGCUGGAGAAGUGUCAAGUUGGCUCAGACCUGGCAACCAAUAUGAUUCGAGGUUACUGCCCAGAGCAGUCCUCAUUUAUCUACGACGCGUGGAACAGCCCUGCAGUUCUGGGAGCACUCUCUCAAAUAGCUGGAAUCGAGCUGGUUCCUGCUAUGGAUGUAGAUAUUGGACAUGUCAAUAUCUCAGUUCGUGAUGACGCUGCAACCGCCAGCAUACCGGGCAAGGAUGCAGAUGAUAAGCCUGCUUUUGAGUGGCACUCUGACAGCUACGCAUUCGUCUGCGUCACCAUGCUAUCAGAUUGUGCCGGAAUGAUCGGUGGCGAGACAGCUAUUCGGACAGGCACCGGCGAAGUUUUAAAAUUCCGUGGGCCUGCCAUGGGCACGGCCGUCAUUAUGCAAGGUCGCUAUAUUGAGCAUCAAGCUCUCAAGGCCUUUGGUGGCCGGGAACGUAUCAGCAUGGUCACAUCGUUAAGGCCUAAAUCGCCCUUUGUUCGCGAUGAGACCAUCAUCAGACCUCUGUUGCCAAUAACUUCCAAGAGUACUCUUUACUAUCAGUAUGCGGAGUAUCGGCUAAAGAACUUGGAGGAGCGGGUGCGCCAUCAGCUGAAGGUGAUGCGGCAGCAUAAGAAGGCAGAUCGGGACUUUGACGUUGCCUCAGCACGCAAGUUUCUGUUCGAGGAGAGAGAGUUCAUUGAUGCUAUGUUAGAGGAACUGAAGGAUUCAUAA